AUAAAAUCAUUGUGUAGUUGUUAUUCCGGAGUGGAGUUGUCUUCUUUACGCAACCACCAAUCAUCAUAUUAUUCGUUCCCCACACACAGACGCUCUCUCACACACAAACACCUUGAACACACACCAUCUUCCUUUCGUUUUCUACAAAAUCGGUGCCUAAAUUUUUAUACUUUCUCAUAUAAUUCUUUACCCAUUUGGUCAUUUUUCCCUUUUCUUUAUAUCGAACUCUUAAUUUUGCUAUUAUGAUGUGUUUCUUGAUUAUUUGAAGAACAGUCCAAACAGAGUUUAUUUCCACAAUUUUCAAUUUCAUCCCCAUUUUAAGAAAUUGGGUUAUCUUAGAUUUUAAUAACACGAAUUUGCUCACAAUUUGAUCAUUGGUUCUCAAUUUUGUCGUGAUUGGAAGAUUAUCAAUUUAAUUUCCACCAUGGGUAACGUUGGAAGUAACAGUUCCAACGGCCGGAGGAGGCACGGCGGCGGAAGCAGCAGCAGGCGGGGUAAUCAUCAUACCCACCACCACCAACAACCACCCCAACCGGAAAUCGCCAAUCGAUACGUAUACGCCGCGGCCACACCUUACACUUCCCAAUACCCUAACCCACCUCCACCCUAUUACCAGUAUCCAACCGGACCAUACUACCCACCACCACCACUUCCAGCGUCGCCCUUGCCACCACCACACCACCAACACCAACGUAUGCCCAUGGACCCCGCCGCCACGGCGUGGGUCGGUGGGAGAUACCCCUGUACGCCUGUGAUGCACCUUCCUACACCUUAUGUCGAUCAUCAAAAAGCUGUCACCAUAAGAAACGAUGUCAACCUCAAGAAAGAAACUUUAAAAAUCGAAGCUGAUGAAGAGAACCCUGGCAAAUUCCUUGUCUCCUUCACCUUCGACGCCACUGUUCCAUGCAACAUCACCCUCUACUUCUUCGCGAAAGAGGGCGAAGACUGUAACUUGACGACAACAAAAGAAGACUCGCUUCCGCCAUUAACAGUAAGCUUCCAACAAGGUUUAGGUCAGAAAUUUAGGCAAAAAACAGGAACAGGAAUAGACCUAUCAACGUAUGAGGAAUCAGAGCUAUCUAAAGGAAACGAAACGACUGUAUACCCUCUAGCAGUGAAAGCAGAAGCGACAAAGACACUGACUUCUUCUUCUUCAUCGGAAAACAGAAAUCCGGAUUCCGGUGUUAAUAAUUCCCAAAUAACCGAUGCCGUAUUUGAGAACGAUAAAGGUGAAUACAAAGUAAAAGUAUUGAAACAGAUCUUGUGGGUGAAUGGAAUCAGAUACGAGUUACAAGAGAUCUAUGGAAUUGGGAAUUCCGCUGAUGGUGGUGAAUACGAUGGGAACGAUCCUUGUAAAGAAUGUGUUAUCUGUUUAUCAGAACCUCGUGACACCACAGUUCUUCCAUGUCGACAUAUGUGUAUGUGCAAUGGGUGUGCGAAAGUUUUGAGGUUCCAAACAAAUCGAUGCCCAAUAUGCAGGCAACCAGUUGAGAGACUUUUGGAAAUUAAGGUCAACAAUGGAAUUGAAGAUUGAGGUUUCACACCAUUGAUGAUUGAUAUUUAAUACCAUAAGACACAAGAAAGAGAAGAAAAAGGAAGCAAAGAGGGGAGUUUUUAAAAUGUAAUGUAAGUGUGUUGAUUGUAUAAAAUUCAUCUGCAACUUUUAUAUGGUUAAGUUUGGUGAUGAAUCUUGUUUCCUGUUCUUAUGGUUUUUAUGACUGCUUUUGUCGAGAUCUUGAUUUAUGGGUGUAUGUGGU